ACCGUCUUCCUUCGUCGUAUCAGUUGAUACCGUCGUCCGCUACAUUUACGUUGUUCGACAUUUACCCUAAAAAAAAACUUGAAAAUGAAAAUGAUCGUGGUCUUUUCCGCCCUUGUGGCCGUAUGCUUAGCAGCACCCCAAAAUCAAGCCGACAGAGAUGCCGUCGUACUUAGAUACGAAAAUGAUAACAUUGGAAUCGAUGGAUAUAAUUUCGCCUACGAGACGAGCAACGGAAUUUCCCAGCAGGAAGAUGGAAAACUGCAAAACGCGGGUACCGACAAUGAAUCGCUAUCCGUCCGCGGAAGUUACUCCUUCACUGGCGCAGACGGAGUCGUCUACACAGUGACGUACGUCGCAGACGAGAACGGCUUCCAACCGGUGGGCGAUCAUCUACCAAAAGCGAGCAAAUAAUUUGUCACCGCAUUUAGGAAACCAAUAGGGGCCACAAUUACCGAAAACAUUGCUUGCUCAGUAUUUAAUUGGUCCGCCGUUUUUUUGUACUUUUGUUUCACGCUUCGAGUCGGAUGUUCUCAAACGCUCUUGACGUAUCAGAACGUCCUACCGAAUCGCGACUAUUUUGUUACAUAAAAAAUACUGUUGCCUAUUUAUAUACUCACUUGUAAAUAUACACACUUUUUAUAUACGAUGACGAAAUAAAAUUUAUUUUUCAA